GAGAGAGAGAGAGAUAGGUAGGCAAGAGGUGGAGGAGCGGCUGGUUAUCAGACGUAAAGGUGUAGCCAACGAGGAGCUUCUUCCUCUAAAUGAUUUUCCCUUUCACUGGCCGCUUAUUCUGAGCAGAGAGCGAGUCGGGGAGUGAGCCACUGCUCCUGACGCGUAAGGGCUGCCCCUGUACGCCUCCAGACACCACCGCCGCCGAUAAAGGAUGACAGGCUUGAUUGUGUAGCGCAAAUUAACACCAAAGUGUCAAUACAAUCCACAGUGAAGGAAGAGGAGGAGGAACGCUAUGAUCCGAAGAUGAUCUCUGCCAAGAAAACUCCGGAGAGAAGUCGUUAUCCUAUCCACUAUUUGGUGUGGCACAACAAGCACCGACAGCUGGAGAAGGAGCUGGCCACGAACGAGCAGCCUGAUUUAGAGUCUCUGGACCCUCGUGGUCGGACUCCUCUCCACCUGGCUGUCACACUGGGCCAGCUGGAAUGCACCAGGGUCUUGCUGCAGAAUGGAGCUGACGUCAGCAAAGAAAACCGCAACGGAUGGACCGUUCUUCAGGAGGCGGUGAGCACCAGAGAUCCGGAGCUGGUGCGUCUCGUGCUCCGUUACCGUGACUACCAGAGGACUGCCAAGAGGCUGGCGGGCAUCCCCGUCCUGCUGGAGCGACUGCGCCAAGCCCAGGACUUCUAUGUGGAGAUGAAAUGGGAGUUUACCAGCUGGGUGCCCCUGGUGUCCCGCAUCUGCCCCAGCGACACCUACAGAGUUUGGAAGAGCGGUCAGUGCCUCCGUGUUGACACCACCCUGAUGGGCUUUGAACAGAUGACCUGGCAGAGAGGAAACCGGAGCUUUAUUUUCAGAGGACAAGGGUCCAGUGCAGAAGUGAUGGAGGUUGACCAUGACCGGCAGCUGGUAUACUGUGAGACCCUGUGUGUCUCGUCUCUCACAGCGCUUUCACCCGGCCAGGGGAACGCAGGCGCCUGCAGCAGCAAUGCAGCCAGUUUGGGUCUCCUGGGGGCUGUGCAGCCCAGCGAUGAGCAGGUAGCAACCAGACUGUCUGCACCUGUGGUGACCACUCAGCUGGACACCCGCAACAUCGCCUUUGAGAGGAAUAGGACGGGUAUCCUGGGCUGGAGAAGUGAGAAGACUGAGACAGUGAAUGGAUAUGAAGCCAAGGUUUAUGCUGCAUCCAAUGUGGAGCUGAUCACCAGGACCAGAACUGACCAUCUGUCCGACCAGAACAAGAACAAGACUAAAGGUGGGAAGACGCCACUGCAGAACUUCCUCGGUAUCGCAGAGCAACACAUGGGCCCAAACAACGGGGCCCUGGUCACCCAGAUGUCGACUCCUGCGUUGACCAACCCUGCAGCACUGACUGCCGAGGAGUACUUCAACCCCGGCCUGUCACCGACUCAGAGGGACAUCGGCCACCAGUGCCAACUCACCACCAAGACCCAGAGGUUUAAAGCCAAGCUGUGGCUGUGCGAGUCCCAUCCUCUGUCCCUGGCAGAACAAGUGGCGCCCAUCAUCGAUCUGAUGGCGAUCUCCAACGCCCUGUUCGCCAAGCUGCGUGACUUCAUCAUGCUGCGCUUGCCGCCUGGCUUCCCAGUCAAGAUCGAGAUCCCUCUUUACCACAUCCUGAACGCCAGGAUCACGUUCAGCAACCUGAACGGCUGUGAGGAGGGGACCGGUGUCCGUGCUGACAACGAAGUCGGCGUGGACGGGGACGGGCAGAGAGACAUCCCCAGGACAGAUACACCAUCUCCUGGCAGCGACUCCUCCAGCGUCUCCAGCUCCAGCUCCAGCUCCACGAUGUCGUGUCGAGCCGGAGAGAUUCCCCCAUGUGUGUUCGAGCCCCCGCCUGGAUACACCAUGCUAGGUGGCAAACAGAGAGACAGCAUGAGGGAGGAGGAGGAAGACCUGCUGCAGUUCGCCAUACAGCAGAGUCUGCUGGAGGCCGGCUCCGAGUUCGACCAGGUGACCAUCUGGGAGGCAUUGACCAACAGCAAGCCGGGAUCACACACCGUGUCCUGUGACCCGAGUCGUCUCGACAGGACCCCCCAGCACAAGCCCCGCCCCCCCUCCAGCCUGUCCUCCACGCCCUCCAAGAAGCAGCCGACCAACUGCAGCUAUGGCGAGCAGCUGCGCAUCGCCAUGGAGAUCUCGGCCCGGGAGCUGGAAGAGGCGGAGCUGCGGCGGCGGCAGGAGGAGGAGGAGCUGCAGCGCAUCAUCCGGCUGUCGCUCAUGGACAAAUGAGAGGGGAGUGGCCCAGCGGGGGCAGAAGGGGGUGGGACAGUGGCAGGUGACAGAAGGGAGGGGUCUGGAGCAAGGACUCAUGGGAGAAAAGGGCAGUAUAGGCAACUUUAAAUCUUUAAGCACAUCUUGUAAGUGGCUGGAAACAAUCAGUCUUAGCGGCUUCACAGUUCUCUCCCAUCACCUCAGCCAGACCUCGCCCACGAAGCCAUACAGUCAGGCAGCUGUCCCAGGGCCUCAGGCAGCCAAGAGAGGGACGCCUUGUUCCCUCCGUCUGAUGCCACAUGGUACUUUUCUUGACCAGUGGCAGUUUACAACCAACAUCAAUACAUCAAGAACAUCUAUUUAAGAAUGCCUCCUCAGAUGAGCGAGCUGUGUUUGCAGGUCUGUGUGUGUGUUUCAAAACCAGCUCUCCGCACAGGGGUCAACAGGGACCUCACCUCCUGCACUGUAACUGUAGUGUGUUAGGCCGACCCUGUGCUCCAGCACUAACACACACUCACUCAGUCGUGAGUUUUUAGUCCUCACUGCGAGGAGUCGGGGAGAGGUGGUGUGGAGAACACUGUCAGCUUCUUCAUUUAAGGUCGGUCAAGUUGAGGAGAAUGAUGACAAACUGUAAAACUUCCUCCGUUUUUACUAAAAGACGAAUCGAGAACAAAAAUUGACUUUUCCUUUUUUUUUAUUUGCACAAAUUUCAGAUGUACUGUACUUAGCUUGUGGGUGGAUCACAUAUAUGACUGUUAAUGGAUGUAGACGAUGAGUUUGAGCACAAAGAAUAAACUCAGGCCGGCUCUAGUUACCGCCUGACGUUAGACUUACAGGAGCACAGAUAUGACGAGAUGCGUGUGAUAACUGUUCUAGUAUGUGACUGCGGAGGACUUUGUCGCAGGCCUGUGUGUGUAAUCCAAACAAUAAAGGGACAAUGCUUUGUCAGUAGAUCAUGGAGAAGAUGUGUCACUGAAGGGGAUGCUGUAUAUUUGCAUCUUCUCACCCGACAU